CACGUGCAGCGCAGGCCCCAGUCCUUCGAGGGCCGAGGAAGGAGGAAGGAGCCUUCUGGCGACUGACCCGCUUCCUCAUCGCUUUUGCUAAUACGAUUGAUUAACUGUUUUGCUCAACCAUUUUAUCCACCCUAUUGGUCAUCCCUUUUACCAUCCCUUUUGCUCAUCCCUGGCAGAUCCUGUCUGGGCAGGAAGGCUGUCUUUGCAGACAUGGCGACUCCCUUGGACACUCUCAGCCUCUCCCAGCUGCUGGAUCUCGCCAUCGGGAUGCCCCACAAUGGAGCCAUCCACUUUGCAGCCAUGAGGAAACUGCUGCGGGCUGUACUGGGGCACCUGGACGUGCAGUACCUGACGGCCCAGGAGCCGUGGACAGGCGAGCUGAGUGGCCCCUCACUGGCUGAGUUGGCCGCUGAUGUAAAACAAAUGAAACAGGACAUGGAAUCCUAUAAGAAACUCAUGUCUGAGGAGAUUAGUGGGAUAAAGGCUGAACAUUCCCAAGUGUCAAAGGACAUCAGAAAGAUCCUGGAGGUGCAGUCCCACAUGGCAGAGGACAUAAAGAGGCUCCAGGAAGAGUAUUAUCAGGCCAUGUCUGACUACCAGAAUCUUCGCGAGGAGAUCGGCAUUAUUAAGACAACACAGUCUAACAUGGCAGAGAAGAUGAGAGAGACAUUUGCAUCGAUGAAGAAGAUGGAGGACGACAUUGGAAAACUGAGGGAGGAUGCAGUGAAGUGGAAAGAAGAGAUCAGUGAGCAGAUCACUCAACAACUGGAGUCUGUGCUACAGGAGACAAAGAUUGAACUCAAGAAGAUGGAGGAGCAGCAGGAGAUGAGGAAUGUCAUGCUGGAAGAGAUGGUGAACGAGGCAACCAACCAGAUGAAUGAGGCAACCAACCAGAUGAAAGCUCAGCUGGGCGAGCUGGGGGAGAUAACAGGGGCUAUGCAGAAGGACACAGAGAUGGAGGAGCCAGAGUGUUCCAACUGCACCUUCAACAUCAGAGUGUUUUUGAGGGAGCUUGUCAAGUGCUGUGAGAAACUCAAAGAGGAGGUGGACUCCCUGCAGUCCCGGCAGACAGCUGUGGGCAAGGUGGAGAACAUCAUAAAGCAAAGGAGCCAGGACCAGCAGCUCCUGCAGCACAUGGAGAACAAGGUCAGGAAGAUUCAAGGGGACUGUGAGGAGCUCAGCUUGGUCUCAGGGAACCUCCAGAAGGACUGUGAGGAAAAGCAGAAAGCUAUUGAGAUGCUGUUCCAGUCCUUGGAGAAACUGCAGAAGGAGAAAGCAGAUGAGCAGAAAAUGUUGCAGAACAUGUUGACGACAAUGGAUGUGAAAGCAGACAAAAAUGCCUUGGGUAGCAAAGUCAAUUGCACCCAGUUUGAGGCGAGCAUGGAGCGACUGAAUCAGAGGCUGCGGAAGAUGCAAAGUCAGGUGUUGGGACAGAAUGAGCACUGGAACGAGCUGCAGGAGAAGCUCAGCCACAGGAUAGAAAACAAGCUGGAUCGUGGGGAGCUGAAGGCUUUCCAUGAGAAGAUGGAGGAGACCUGGAAGAAGAGCAUCAAGGAGCUCGAGAAGAAGAUGAUGGCUGACAGCGCUGCUGGGCUGAGGAAGCAGCUGCCAGCCCCUUUCACGUGCCUGUCCUGUGACCGCCCGGUCAAAACGCAGGUUCCUGGCCCGUGUCCUGAGACACUCCCAUAUUUUCAGCCGAUGCCCCCCAGCAAGGACGCACAGCCCACCCAAAGGAGAACGGCGGCCAGUGGCAGGAUCGCCCGCGCGCUACAGAGCACUGGGGACCAUCAGAGGAUCAGCCACCUGGUGCAGCGUAUCCAGGCUUCCCCCUGGAACAACACGCGACCACAGGGCCUCAUGGCACCCCCCAACAAGCCUAGUGUGACCAAGCUGCUGGGCAGCAGUAGCCACAUCUCUAAGGGCCAGAAGGACCAGCCUCCUGUUGUGAACAGGGCACAGGGUGAGAUGGGCCCUUCCACCUCACAGGAGCAACGGCCAGCCAAGACCUGCAAGCCCAAGCACGUCUCCUGGGCACCGGAGCUUGUCCAAACACCCCUGCCCUGCUAAACAUCACCUGCCCCCAAGCAGCCAGACAGGACUGGACGCUCAGUACUCAACAGGGGACGUCUCUUCAGCAGACACAGAAGUCUGUUAAAA